AUGUGACGUAAUCGGGAUUAAAUCAAUAAGAAAACUUCUAAAGUAAAGUAAACUCGUUAACUCGGGUGUUUUGUCGGUAAUAUUCUAUUUUUUGCCACCAACUCAACGCUUUGGUUAGUGUAUCUCAAAUAUACACCUGCUCGUCUGUAAUAUUUCUGAGAACGAAGCCAUUUUUUUUAGCUUUUUUUCCCCCUCGGUCCCCCCUGCUGUUUGAAAUGGUACAGUCCGCUCUAUUAGCGGCGGCUCAGCAUCAGCUGUGGCCUGAGAGUCGAGGCGGGAGCAACUUCUUCUACCGCUCUCUGAAAAAAACGAACUCCCACGCGGUUUUAACUUCAGCCGACUCUGCGUCAACAGGUUCUAAUUUAUUUAAACAUUAUUCUUUUUCUUUUUUUAACUUUUAACAACUCGGGCUCGGACACCAUAUUGAAGAGUUCCCUGCUCGGUUCACCCAGGACACCGGGACACCAGAGCGAGUUUGCUCUCCCCCCCAUCUCGACUCAGCCCCCGGGAAAUGAGAGGACGAGCCGUGAGCUCGCAUGUUUGAUUGAACAAAAGGCCAAAGGAACCCAGGUUUGUGCUGCCGACAUGGAUGACAACACGGCGCCGGGAGCUUCUGAUCUGAACACAAACCCUACGAGACCCGACCCAGAAGGGGAGAGCAGUCCUCCACACGCAGAUCGUAGAAUGGAGUCUCCAGCUCAGAGGGAUGCAGACCGAAGACCAACCACCCCCAAGAAAUCUGACAUCACGCCUCAUUCUCAGCCUGGAACACCGGCGUCACCUGUUCACAGGUCGAAACAAGACCUCAUGAAGUCAGAGGAGAGGCAGAGGCUGGCCAAGGAGCGCAGGGAGGAGAAGGCCAAAUAUCUGGACGAGCUCAGCAAAUUACAAGUCCCAAAAUGUGCUGAGAAGCGGCUGGAGGAGCGUCGCAGGAAGCUGGAGGAGCAGAGGAUCAAAGCAGAGAAACGUCGAUCCGCCCUGGAGGAGAGACAGAAGCAGAAACUGGAGAAGAACAAAGAACGCUACGAGGCGGUGAUCCACAGGUCGACCAAAAAGACCUGGGCUGAGAUCCGCCAACAGAGAUGGUCGUGGGCCGGAGCGCUGAGCCAGAACUCCAGCCAGAAAGAAGGCAGAUGCUCCUUAUCAACGGUCAACCUACCCAAACACUUGGACUCCCCCAUGGACAAGCGACUCUCCAAGUCCUCUGCCACGCUCUGGAACUCCCCCAGCAGAACCCGCAGCAGUGCCCUGAGGCCAUGGGAGAGCAGUAUAGUGGACCGGUUGAUGACGCCAACGCUGUCCUUUCUGGCCAGAAGCCGCAGUGCAGCCAGUGUCCUCAGCAACGGCAAAGACGGACAUUCUCCCGUCUGCCCUCGUUCGGCCUCGGCCAGUCCCCUCACCCUCUGCUCCCACCAGCCCCACCACCGCUGCUCCGACCGCUGGAGGGUAACUUCCAGUACACCAGAUAUAACCCAGCGGCAGCACAGACGGAGCUCCACACCAAUGGAAAAAAACAAGAAAGAAAAACGAGACAAAGAACGGGAGAACGAGAAGGAGAAAAAUGCCCUCACGAAAGAGAGCGUGAUGAAGAAACGACAGUCGAUGCCCAACAUGAGGCACAGAACUGAGCCCAGUCCCAGUCCUUUAUCGAGACAGCGGACGUCCUCCCCAGCUCUACAGAAGAGCAGAACUGCCUCCCCAAGUCCAGCAGGUUCCCCCAGACCUCCAUCGACACGUGGGAGUCCAUCAACUCCUAAAGCUAGGCCCAAAAGACCCAGAACUCCCGCCAGGAUAGACCAUCGCACCUCCUCCCCAGCUCCCAUCGACAGGAUCAUGCAGCCUCGUCGCCCCUCUACACCAGAGAGAAGGAUUUUUCCUGUCAUUACUGCGUCCACAGCUGCUGCCUCGUGCCCUACAUCCAGCCCAUCGGUCCGGACCGCAGGCGCUUCCCCGUCACCUGAGCCCCCCCACUCCACGCCUUCUGUUCCCACAGCGUCACCGGCCCCCUCUCCUACUGCCAAGCCCAUGGCAGGUACCAACGACCCGGAGGAGGCCGCUCGCAUCCUGGCAGAGAAACGCCGACAGGCACGAGAGCAGAGGGAGAGGGAGGAGCAAGAGCGGCGUGAGCAGGAGGAGAAGGAGAGAAUCCUGAGAGAGGAGCGAAUAGCGAGGGAGGCCGAGGAGAGGCACCUCAGAGAACUGGAGGCCUGCGCCAUGGCCGAGGAGCAGAGAAGAAGAGAUGAAGCCCGACGCCUCCAGGAGGAGAAGGAGGCUGAGGAGAGAGCCAAGGCUGAGGAGGAGGAGAACCUACUCCUGCAGAAACAGAAAGAAGAAGCUGAGGCUAAAGCCAGGGAGGAGGCGGAGAAGCAGCGUCUGGAGAGGGAGAAACACUUCCAGAAGGAGGAGCAGGAGAGGCUGGAGAGGAAAAGGCGCCUGGAACAGAUCAUGAAGAGAACACGCAAGACAGAUGGAGUGGAGAAGAAAGAGACAAAGUCCACACCAGAGGGCGCCGUCAAUAACGAAAAAGAGGACGAAAGUAGCAACGCGUCCGCCGACAACCAAUCGAGUCCAGAAGACGUUCUGCCACUCAACAAGGCAACAAACGGACAGACUAACAUCCACGGAAGCAGCCCGCCGCUGCAAGUUAACGGGGUCCAACCCUCUAGACGUGAAAACGGCCUGUCUGCGAAGGAAGACGCCGCUCACUUCGCUGACAUCAUCCACCUGAGUAACCAUGGCAACGCUACAAAUGGAGCCCGGGACGAGUCCGACACCGGCACGGCCUCGGAGACCAUUCUGACGUUUGAGAGCCAGGAGCCUUUCAUGAAGAAGGCGCCCUCUUUGAAGACGCCGCAUGUCGCAGAGGUCCUGUGACAUGUUUCAUCACCUCCGGCCGCUGACCUCUCAGCCCUGCCAACGUUGGCUGGAAGAGGCCGAGUGACCUCAACCGUUCCAACCAAUCUGGAGAUCUCCACGGGAGAGGAGGGCGACGCAGGAAACACAGCAGCAGAGACGUGUGAAAGGGGGCGGGAGGAAGGAGCUCAUCGUGUUUUUACUGUCAAUUUUAAGAUUCCUUUGGCACCGACUUCUCGCGCCUCCGCUGUCAUCCUUUAUUGGCCGUGCGGCCGAGUCAUUCAUGAUUCAAAACGCUCAACUGGACAAAUUAGUUCCUGUGUGUUUUGAUAAUUUAACCGAUGUUUUGAGGACUGGCUGACGACGGAGGAAGUGGGAGAGCAGAGCAACAUUUGAUGCUGCUCUGCCCGAGUCGACACCAGUGAAUAAUCCUGGUCUGUAAAAAGCUAACGCUAACAUGUUUGUAAAAUACUACAGUGGAGUUUAAAGAGAGAUGUUCGGUGUAAAGGCUUCUUAAUGUGUGCAGACGUACUUCCUGUUUGGAUAUAAACCUUAGCUUUGGCCGACAUCAACACUGAUCAUGUGACUUUGGCAAUGGAAUAAAAAGCCGCGAAGACGCAGACGCACCAAGGCCAAAUCCGACCGCUCCAUUUUUAAGCAUAAUUUUUUUUUUACUGUCCAGGUGUAGUUUCUCUGAUCAGCUUUCAUGAACUGUCAGUAAUUUGAAAUGCUAGUGCACGUAAAUGCUAAAAAUAUGUUUUGGCCUCUGCACCCAGGUCAGCGGGAGAAUCUUCAGUCUUAUUAAAGACGAGCAGUUCA